AUGGUGUGGGCAGACACCACCAAACUCGGCUGCGGCUGGACACAGUGUAGCGACAUGGGCGGUAUUCCUGCGGACUUUCUAGUCUGUUACUACUCUCCGGGGGGGAACUACCAGCUCCACGGGUGGACACUGCCACCCUACACCCGCGGGACACCCUGUUCCGCCUGCGCCUCGGACGAGAAGUGUGAGGGCGGCAGUCUGUGUGUGAAAGCCCCUCCGGUAGCUGAGCUGGCGGUGCGCCGUCCGUACGACAUGCUGAACACCAACGGGCACCAGGGCAGGUUCGCCACCAACGGGAUCGUCCGGAACGGAAUGAUGAACGAUCCGUACUACACCACGGCACGGAAACGGAAAGCUCUCCGGAGGAUUCCCAAGAGACAGAACGUGAUCCGGCCGUUCCGAUGCUGGGACGGACGCCUGACCAUCCCUCACCACUACAUCUGUGACGGCGACCAGGACUGCGAGGACGGCUCGGACGAAGUCGACUGCACGAGAAGUUGGUGCAAGGGCUACUACUGUCCGAGAAAGACUGGGAGGGUCAACUGUGUCCACAGUAAGAAGGAGUGCCGUGCCGUCAGGCGGACGUGGCGGCAAUGGCAGAAGGAGCAGCGGUCUAUCAGAAUGAGCUCCCUGCACGCCCCCACCCACUCCCCGCCAACAGAACAACAAGGCUCCGAGGAGUGCACGGAGGACAUGAUAGAAAGGUUAAAGAUAUUUUCUGUGGAGUAAGACAAUGAAA